ACUCCUGAACCUGAAAUCUGUGAAACUCCUAACUGUUUGCUAGGUGCUGCGUACAUACAAGCCAGUUUAAACAGAAGCUUCAAUCCAUGUACAGAUUUCUAUAAGUAUGCCUGCGGAUCAUAUCCAUUCAACCACCCUCGUCAUCCGGACUCUUAUGUUAGGAAUGUACUUGGUGAUAUUUAUAACCGAAACCAAGCAAAACUCAUAUCAACUUUGAGUACCUCAAUCCAGCGUCUUGGUUCCACAUCUGCUGAACAGAAGGCGAAACAGUUUUACCUUUCCUGUUUGGAUGAUUAUGGUAGAACGAAGGUAGGAGGGAAUCCAUUUCUAGAGAAAGUUAUCAGUAAAGUUGGUGGUUGGUAUGUUAUAGACACCAUGGAAGAUUCCUAUGAUUAUAAAAAUAUGUUAAAGAAGGUGCACGUUGACUUUUGGACUGAUGUUUUGUUUACUUUUAAUGUCAAAACUGAUUGGCUCAACUGGCUGAAAACAUCUAUUCAGAUUGAUUUAUCUGGAAUGGGUUUGCCAUGGACAUAUUUUGUCAAAAAAGAGUUUUCGGAGAAAUUAACAGUUUACAAACAAUUUAUCCGGGAUGUUGGUACACAGCUUGUUGUAGAUGCAAAAACUAAUUUUAGUGAUGCUAAAAUUAAGGAGAGGGUCGACAUGUUUGUUGAUGAUGCGUUCAAAGUAGAACAACAGCUUGCUUUGGUAAGUCUCAUCUAUUAUAUUGACCUGUUUACAUAUAUGUUUGACGAGGCUAAUGUUGAUGGUAAUACUAAAGUUGUUAUUAUUGAAAAACAGUAUAUUAUAGGAUUAACUAAACUCGUCAACAACUUAGGUGUUGACAAACAAAGAAUAAUGAACAACUAUUUUACAUGGAGAUUGGCGCAGAAAUAUGUACAAGAGUUAUCCUGGGACUAUAUUCACGCUAACAGAAACUUUUAUGUAAAUGCCCACAACAACAACCAGUUUCUGGGAUCACAGCGAUAUUGUUUGCAGUUAGUAACCACUCAGAUGAGUCAAGCUGUCAGCUCAUUGUUUGUCAGGGAUCAUUUUGUGGACAAAAACAAACAGAAGGCUAUUGAAAUUAUUGAUUUUCUUAAAGAAUCUAUGAUUGAUAGACUUAUGGACAAUACUUGGAUGGAACAAAGUACAAAAGACAAAGCAAAGCAAAAGUUAGAGAACUCACAAUAUAAAUUAGGAUAUCCAGAUUUUAUUAUGGAUGACUCGAAACUCGAUAAUUAUUAUGAAUCGUUAACCAUCACACCAGGUGACCACUUCAGUAACACCCUAGCCUUCAAUAUCUUCUGGAAAGAAAGAUUGAAUAAAAAUCUCAAGAUGGGUACAGAUAGGAAUGUAUGGAACUAUCAAACAUACGCUGUUGCUGCCGAAUAUUACAAUCCUUGGAGUGAACUGAUAGUACCAGCUGGUAUGCUGCAGUUCCCGAUCUAUGAUUAUACAUUACCACAUUAUAUAAACUUUGGAUCUAUUGGUACAUUGAUAGGACAUCAAUUGGUACAUGCCAUUGAUGAAUUUGGUAAAUUGUAUAAAUUAGACGGAUCAUGGUAUGGUACAUGGUGGACCAACACAACCGCUGAUGAAUUUGUCAAACGUAAGCAAUGUGUCGUCGAUGCUAUUGGAUCUGACAGAACACAAGGACCAUAUGAUUUUAUGGGGACACCACAGAGAGUAACCAUGGCAGAGGCUGCAGGGUUGAAGGUAGCUUUUAAUGCCUACAAAAAAUGGAGUGAUAAAAAUGGAAUGGAAAAGAAAAUGGCAGGAUCAAAAAGUACUAAUGACCAAUUGUUCUUUAUAUCAUAUGCCCAGGUA